GUGACAGCUUGCCAAGUACCUGAUUAUUGAGAAACGGCCCGGACCUGUCCUUCAAAUCCGGGGGUCACAUGGAGGAUCUUUCGAUUUUGGACUAUCCCCCUUAAAAUGCGUCCUUCGGAGGAUUCAGAUGAAUUGGGUAACAGCCCUCUGCUCGUGUGUGCGAUUUCCUGACAGAUUUGAAGGCGCAUUUAAAUCUACAGGUUAAGCCAUGCUAUCAGUUCCCUCAUCCAAAGAGAUGACCGUCAAGAGCCCCACGUGCCCACAUGCUGGCAAGCUACAAAGCUUAGGCACCACAGAGAAUAAACUCAACAACAGAGUUGACAACCUGAAUACAGAGGAGGGCUUGCAGGAGUUGACCAAAACCAUUCAGAUUACAACAAAGAACUCUUCUUCUGAAAGGAAAUGGAUCCGGCCUGACUUUCCCAGCCGCUGCACAUGGAGCCUGGGAGCCUCGAAAGCCCACUCCCCUCACAUGCAGGUCCCAAGAACUGUCGCACCAACCAUUCUGCCAAACAUCCUGCACAAAAUUGUUGACACUCCCAUGGUACGCAGCAACAACAUCCCCAAAGCUUUUGGACUUAAAUGUGAAAUAUUGGCCAAGUGUGAGUUCUUUAAUGCGGGCGGCAGUAUCAAGGACAGGAUCAGUCUGCAGAUGGUGGAGGAUGCAGAGAGAGCCAGAAUUCUCAAACCUGGAGACACCAUCAUAGAGCCCACCACUGGAAACACUGGUAUUGGACUCGCUCUAGCUGCUGCUCUGAAAGGCUACCGCUGCAUCAUAGUCAUGCCAGAUAAAAUGAGCAUGGAGAAGGUGGACAUCUUGAGGGCUCUUGCAGCGGAGAUCGUUCGUACACCCACCAGCGCCUGUGUCGAUUUGCCAGAGUCUCAUGUGGGUGUUGCCUGGCAUCUCAAGAACGAGAUCCCCAACUCUCACAUCCUGGACCAGUACCGCAACCCAUAUAAUCCUCUGGCUCACUACGACAUCACAGCCGAGGAGAUCCUGGAGCAGUGCGAUGGCAAAGUGGAUAUGCUCGUUGCUAGUGCAGGCACAGGGGGGACAAUCACAGGCAUCGGCCGGAAACUGAAGGAAAAAUGCCCGAACAUCAAAAUUAUUGGUGUUCAUCCCAAAGGGUCAAUCCUGGCUGAACCCGAGGAGCUUAACAAGACCAAUCGUAACCAGUCUGAGGUGGAAGGCAUCGGGCCCAACUUCAUCCCCACUGUGCUUGACAGAUCAGUGGUCGAUAUGUGGUACAUGCCCAGCGAUGAGGAGUCCUUCAACAUGUCUCGUAUGCUGAUCAGAGAGGAAGGCCUGCUGUGUGGAGGCACCUCUGGGACAGCCAUGGCAGCAGCUGUGCAUGCAGCUAAAGAGCUGAAGGAGGGCCAGCGCUGUGUGGUGAUACUGCCAGACUCCAUCCGUAACUACAUGUCAAAGUUCCUGAGUGAUAAGUGGAUGAUCCAGAAGGGCUUCUUGAGGGAGGAGGACCUCACAGUGAAAAAACCAUGGUGGUGGAACUUGAAGCUCCAGUGUUUGAACCUGUCAGCCCCGCUCACCGUCCUGCCUACCAUCAGCUGCCAGAAGACCAUCCAGAUCCUCAAGGAGAAUGGCUUUGACCAGGCACCUGUGGUUGAUGAUACAGGGUUGAUCCUGGGCAUGGUGACUUCAGGGAACAUGCUGUCCUCAAUCCUUGCAGGAAAGAUCAACUUUUCAGACCCUGUCUGUAAAGUGCUCUACAAGCAGUUCAAACAGAUCACACUGACUGAUAACUUAGGAAAGUUAUCCUUGAUUUUGGAGACUGAUCACUUCGCCCUGGUGGUACACGAACAGAUCCAAUACUUAAGCGAUGGCUCUCACAGGCUAAAGCAGGUGGUUUUCGGGGUGGUGACAGCCGUCGACCUGCUCAACUUCGUCACAGCCCGGAAAAGGACAGAGCACACCAUGUCAGAGUCCAUGGAUGAGCUGUGAAAGGUUGAAUUAAAA